AUGAGUGUGGAUCGUCUGCAAUUUCUUCGUCGGGAGUUGGCGCGACAUAAUCAGCUCUAUUAUCAAGAUGCUACGCCAGAAAUUGGUGAUGCGGAGUAUGAUGUUCUUUUUCGCGAGUUAGAGGAUCUGGAGAAGGCUCAUCCUGAGCUGUUCGAUGCGAAUUCACCCACGCAACGGGUUGGAGGGGCUCCGUUGGAUAAUUUUGAGCAAGUUGAGCACUUGAAGCCGAUGCUCUCGAUUGACGAUGUUUUUUCUGAGGAAGAAGUUGAAGAUUUUUUCAAGCGAUUGGUGAAGAAUUUAGAGGGAGAAAAAGUGGCGUUAACGAUUGAACCUAAGAUCGAUGGUGUCGCUUGUUCUUUAGUUUACCGGAAGGGGGAGCUGGAUUAUGCGGCGACCCGAGGAGAUGGCAAAGUGGGCGAUGACAUCACGGCGAAUGUGCGCGCGAUUCGCUCGGUUCCUCUUUUGUUAGAUGAAGAACGGGCUCCAGAAUUGUUAGAGGUGCGUGGGGAGGUUUAUAUGCCGGCGGCUGGCUUUGCGAAAUUGAAUGAAGAGCGCGAAGAAGCGGGAUUGCCGGCUUUUGCUAAUCCGAGGAACGCAACGGCAGGGACCUUGAAGUCGCUGGAUUCUAAGGUGGUGGCGGAGCGGCCCUUGGCGUUUCGCGCGCACGGAAUCGGAGUAUAUGAAGAGGGUGGAGGGGAUUUGUUUUCACCCGGUCUCAAAGAUGAAAAGGAGUUUCACCAGUUGCUCGAUGACCUUCGGAUUCCGCGAAAUUUACCGAUUUGGGAGACGGGAAAUCUGGAAGGGAUUUUGGCUGCGAUUCAGGAACUAGAUACGAAACGCCAUGAUUUGGAAUACGGCACGGACGGUGCGGUGGUGAAAGUGAUUUCUUAUGCCGCGCGCGAGAAGCUUGGCUAUACGUCCCGAGCCCCUCGUUGGGCGGCGGCUUUCAAGUAUCCGCCAGAGCAAGUGGAAACCGUUUUAAAGUCGAUCACCGUUCAAGUGGGGCGGACGGGUGUGCUGACACCUGUGGCGGAACUUGAACCCGUGGCUGUGUCGGGGAGCACGGUUUCGCGAGCGACUUUGCAUAAUGAAGAAGAAAUUCAACGCAAAGACGUGCGAGAGGGCGAUACUGUGGUUAUCGAAAAGGCGGGAGAGAUCAUUCCUGCCGUAGUGAAGGUGAAUCUGGGGCAGCGGAAAUCAGAUUCUGUCCCUUUUGAUUUUUACGAACAUGUGGGUGGACGUUGUCCUUCUUGUCAGGGGCCGAUUGAAAAAGAAAAAGGAUUUGUAGCUUGGCGAUGUGGAAACUUUGCGUGCCCCGCACAGGCGGUGACCAGUAUUCAGCACUUUGCAGGUCGGAAGGCUUUAGAUUUAGAUGGGCUGGGAGGGUCGGUGGCGGAAAAAUUAGUAGAGCAUAAGAUGGUGGCGACGCCUCUUGAUCUUUUCCGUCUGCAAAAAGAAGAUCUAGCAGAUUUAAUGUUAGAUCCAGUGCGUUCUGCGAAGGGUGAGGUCAUUUCGAAAGAAAGGCGUUUUGGGGAAAAGAGGGCGACUACCUUGAUGAACUCGUUGGAAAAGGCUCGCCGUGAGCAACCGCUGAGUCGUUGGGUUUUUGCGAUGGGUAUUCCGCACAUUGGAGAGUCUUCGGCGCGUGAAGUGUCACGGCUGCACGAGAAAAUGAGUGAACUCCCUGCUUCUCGAGUUAUCGAGGUGGUGGCAAAAAUUGCGGAGUUAGAAACAAAGCAGAAAGAAAUUUCGCCACGUAGCAAAGCGAAUCCGCCAGCGGACGAGGAAGAAAAAGAGCAACGUCAGAAACAGUAUGACGAACUCAAGGAGGAGAUCGAAAAUUUACGAGCAGAGAUCACGAAGCUGAACAUUUCCCCAGAUCUAGGCCCGGUGGCAGCGGCGAGUUUAAGUGCUUUUUUUCAAAGUGAAGGAGGCCGCGCGGUGAUUGCUAUGAUGGUGGAACUUGAGAUCGAUCCCGCUUCGGAUAACUAUGCGCCGAGGGCUGCGGAGGUUGAUGAGAAUGCCGUUUUCUCGGGGCAGACAUUUGUGAUUACGGGGACGCUGUCGGAACCGAGGCCGGAGUUUCAGGAAAUGAUCGAAAAGCACGGGGGUAAGGUCACGGGCUCGAUUUCGAAAAAUACCGAUUAUCUCUUGGCGGGUGAAAAGGCCGGAUCGAAGAUGGCGAAGGCCGAGUCAUUAGGGGUGACGAUCUUGAACGAAGAAAAAUGGCGUGAGAUGCUAGGUGAGAGUUAA